GUCAGUUUUUGUAUAUAAAUAAGGAAGGGAAACACUUGGGUUUUUGCAUCGAACAAAUCACUUGACACAUAUCAAAAGAAAACAAUUAAUCAAGAAAUGGCGAUGUCAGGAACAUAUGUGGCGGAAGUACCGCUGAAAGGGUCGGCGGAGAAACACUACAAGAGAUGGAGGAGCCAAAACAAUCUCUUCCCGGACGCCAUCGGCCACCAUGUCCAAGGUGUCACCGUCCACGACGGCGACUGGGAAUCCCACGGUUCCAUCAAAUCCUGGAACUACACACUUGGUCGACCCUACUUUACUCUAUCUCUUUCUGUUUGGUCAUACGAAGAUGGGAAGCCGGAAGUCAUCAAGGAGAAGAGAGAGAUAGACGAUGAGAAGAUGGCGUUGACGUUCAGAGGACUAGAGGGUCACGUGAUGGAGCAGUACAAGGUGUAUAACGUCAUCGUACAGUUCAUUCCCAAGUCGAAGGAAGGCUGCGUCUGCAAAGUUACUCUGAUAUGGGAGAAGCUUAAGGAAGACUCCCCCGAACCAGUCAACUACAUGAAGUUUGUCAAGAGCUUAGUUGCUGACAUGGACGACCACGUCCUCAAGGGCCAGAACAAAGCUUAAAAACCUCCAUGGUCAUCGUAGUAAAUUAUCCUUAUGCAUGUGUGUCUUUUGUGUUUGUCUCGUACGUGCCUUUUAUCACCCGCCUCUACAUGUUAUGCUAAUGAUAAUGGCGGUCUUGUAUGCUUAUGUGAUCUGUCUGUGAUGUUGUUGUAUGCGUGUUCGUAAUAAAAUAAGUGUGUGUUA